AUGGCGCCCUCACAGAAAGCCCGGCAUGGAUACGAAGCAUCACGAAACACCAAAUGGAAACUGGCAGCUGACAUUGAUCUUUUCUCUGUCCCCUGGGACUACUUUGUGUGUGUUGUUGUUACCUCGCAGACAUCAGACAAGGGGUGUCCUGUUAAAAACCGUGAGGUUCUUUCUUGCAGUGCAGGAGGUUUUAAGUUUCUGUCUGGGAAGCAAAAACAAAACAAGAAGAAGAAGAAAAAAGUGCUGAGUGGCCUGAUCAUCCAGCGGAGCCCUAACCAGGCCAGACGUGCUUUUGUUGUGAAGAAACACGCCACUCAGGUGGUGACCUCAUUGCAGUUUAGUACACUUUCACUAAUUCCACUUCUGCUUUCUGAUCCUCCCUUUGCUUCAGCUCCUCCGGCUCCCCUGUCGAAGCGACCCAACGGGGUACUUCAGCCGUGGCCCAUCCACUCCCACCCUGUGGAGCGCACCCCCAGGUCUAACCUUCCUCCUCCUGCUCCUCCUCCUCUCCUGCCUUUAUUCCACACCCGUCACGCCGAAGAGAGCGCUGACCGUCCUCAUCUGGUCACGAUUGUUCAACCCUGUGGUCAAAGUGAGCUACGAAAGGUCACCGUGCUGUUGAACCGAAGGGGCGUUGUCUCCUUUGAGCAGCUGCUAUUGGACAUCUCAGAGGCAUUGGGGUUUCCUCGCUGGCAUAGAGGAAGAGUCGCACGUCUGUACACUGCACACGCGCGCGAGGUCAAAGGUGUGUGUGAUUUCUUCUGUGGCGAGGUGGCCUUCCUGGCACUCAGUAAGACUCGUCCUGAGCUGAGCAGUGUGGAGGAAGCUUUGGAGGAACUGUUUCCAGAGCAUUCACACUACCGUGCUAGCGCGCUCCGAUCCUGGGAGAAGAAACUCCGCCCGGUACCAAAUAAAGCCGCCAAAGCAGACAGCGGUUACAGCGAGGGUACGGAGGGCGGCGGCGCUAAACAAGACACGUGCCCUUCUGACCCUCGUGUGUCAGAGCAAACGGACACACGCCAGCAGGAAAACUCGCAGAAGUUUCACAAAAGGAAUUCUUGCCGAAAACUCGCCCAACUUCCCAACAACCUGCAGAAACUGCGUGUGAGAGGUGGAGUCAGAGAGAGGAAACUGUCCGUCGUUGGUCCGUUUAAACACGAUGGCGGCCUUGGGGACGCAGACGUACCGUCUCCCGUGCUGUGUGAAAAGUGCUCAGCGAGAAGAGAGAGGCAUCCAGAAGCGAUUGGUACCCUAUCAGGACGGGUUCCACUGCCGCCCGUGUUGAAGAAACAAAAAGAAAGGUCACGUGUAGAGCAGGAAGCCAAAACCCCUUCGCUUCCUCGACCAAUCAGCCGAGACGAGGAGAAGAGUUUGAUGCAGUUAGAGCCUCGGAGUCCAGCUGCCACCUCCGCCCUGCCAUCAAACAGCAGCAAUCUCACCCCGUCAGACGUUGAGCGCUGCUACGAAAUCGGACGCGUGAUCGGAGACGGGAACUUUGCCGAGGUGCGAGAGUGCCGCCGUCGCCACGACGACCAGAUUCUCGCCGUGAAGAUCGUCGAGCGCUCCAAACUGACUGGUCGGGAGCACAUGAUGCAGAACGAGCUGAGCCUUCUGGGAAGCCUUUGUCACCCUCGUGUAGUGCAGCUGUUGGCGCACCAUCACACCCAAACGCACUCCUACCUGGUGAUGGAGCUGGUGGGUGGCGGGGAUCUGUUCGAGGCCAUCAGCGACAGGGGAAGGUUCUCGGAGGCCGAGGCGGGGCUGAUGGUGUUGGACGUGAGCGACGCACUGAGUUACAUCCACAGCAAGAGCAUCGUCCACAGAGACCUCAAACCAGAAAACCUGCUGAUAGAGAAAGUUACUGCUGGCGUCUGUCGACUGAAGUUGGGGGACUUUGGUCUCGCCAUGGUUGUAACCGAACCGGUCUUCACCAUAUGUGGCACACCGACCUACGUAGCUCCAGAAAUCCUCCGUGAGACAGGUUACGGUGUGGCGGUGGAUGUUUGGGCCCUGGGUGUCAUUCUUUACAUCCUGCUGUGUGGCUUCGCUCCGUUUCGCAGUCGGGAUCGGGACCAGGAGGAGCUCUUCAAGCUAAUCAAACAAGCUCAGCUUCACUUUCCAUCCCCUUUCUGGGACUCCGCCUCAGAAGGAGCUAAAGGCCUCGUUAGAUCUCUGCUUCAGUCGGACCCCGCGGCGAGGCUGACAGCAGAGCAGACUCUCCAGCAUACGUGGGUGAAAGCGAUGGCUUCAGCGAGCAAGCAGAGGGCGCCCACCGGCAAAAGUCAGAGGGGGGUCCAGACAAGUGCAGCAGAAUCGCUGACAGACCAGACAGCAGGCAGCAAAAUCACUCUCAGGAGAUGCGGUGAGCUCACAGCGAGAGGACAAGAGGAGGCGAAACCUGCACUGCUGCAGCGACAAGAAACAAGCACAACCGAAGAGAAAGCACCUUUAGAUGUCUCGUGUUGUCCAGAGAAACCAAAAUCUGGAGAGCUACAUGAAACAGGAGAUCCAGACCCCACUGAUCUAACUCAGCUUGGCUCAACCACCACCCAAACCGAGUCUUCUUCUCGAAUCAGAACACACCGAUGAGGAGCAGCCACCUCCAGGCUCUCCACCUUCAGCAGCAGCAAACCCCGUCACAGCGACUCAGUCUCUCCUCAGCAACACAAACACAGCAGCCGUCCUCCAUCCAGCGAACUAAAUCAGCCAUUCAUGCUUAGAUCCGUCAGCAGACAUGAACUGAAUCUGGUCAUUAGAUGAGUGACGAGUCCGAUUCAUCCUAAUAAUUUAAUAAUUAUUUUGUCUUCUAAUCAAAAAUGAAUCGUUAGAUAUUGUGUAAUCGUCCAUCCAUCCAUCUUCUGAACCCGCUUU